AAAAAUGAGAAAAUAUGAUAAGAGGCAUGCUCCUCUUCUCUGCUCUGAAUUGUGUUGCAGAGAGAGAACGCGCACAGGAAUUUUCUACUUAAAAGAGGGAAUCCAUGGAUUUGGAGAAGCUUUGCUUGGUAAUCUAUAUUGUAGCAGUGAUUUCGUUGGUCUAUUACCCCUCUACUGUGACAGCUGGGGACAUUGUGCAUGACGAUGAUUCAGCUCCCAAAAAGCCUGGUUGCGAGAACGAUUUUGUUUUGGUGAAAGUUCAAACUUGGGUCAAUGGAAUAGAGGAUGCUGAAUUUGUUGGUGUCGGUGCUAGAUUUGGUACUACCAUUGUGUCAAAGGAGAAAAAUGCUCAUCAAACUCGCCUCACUCUUUCAGAUCCUCGAGAUUGUUGUACUAAACCCAAGAAAAAGCUUGAUAAGGAUAUCAUCAUGGUUGAUCGAGGAAAGUGCAAGUUCACAGUCAAAGCAAACAAUGCAGAAGCUGCUGGUGCUUCUGCUGUCCUUAUAAUAAAUAACCAAAAAGAACUUUAUAAGAUGGUUUGUGAGCCAGAUGAAACUGAUCUUGACAUACAAAUACCUGCUGUUAUGCUCCCACAAGAUGCUGGUGCAAGCUUGGAAAAAAUGCUAUUAACUAAUUCAUCAGUUUCUGUGCAAUUAUACUCUCCACGGCGGCCGCUAGUUGAUAUAGCCGAAGUAUUUUUGUGGCUGAUGGCAGUUGUUACUAUCUUAUGUGCGUCUUACUGGUCUGCAUGGAGUGCCAGAGAAGCAGCUAUUGAGCAUGAGAAGCUAUUGAAGGAUGCUGUGGAUGAAAUUCCAGAUGAUAAGGUCGUAGGUGUUAGUAGCGUUGUAGACAUUAACACAACGUCAGCUGUGCUUUUUGUUCUUGUUGCUUCAUGCUUCUUGGUCAUGCUUUAUGAACUUAUGUCAUACUGGUUCGUUGAGCUUUUGGUGGUUCUUUUCUGCAUAGGUGGUGUAGAGGGCUUACAAACCUGUCUAGUUGCUUUAUUAUCAAGGUGGUUCAAGCAUGCUGGAGAGUCAUAUAUUAAAAUACCCUUCUUUGGACCUCUCUCAUACCUGACAUUAGCCGUUUCUCCAUUCUGCAUAGCAUUUGCUGUUGUUUGGGCUGUAUAUCGCAAUGUCUCCUUUGCUUGGAUAGGCCAAGAUAUACUGGGAAUUGCAUUGAUAAUAACUGUUCUGCAAAUUGUCCAUGUGCCUAACCUCAAGGUGGGCACUGUUCUUCUCAGCUGUGCAUUUUUGUAUGACAUCUUUUGGGUGUUUGUUUCUAAGAAGUUCUUCCAUGAAAGUGUCAUGAUUGUGGUGGCUCGCGGUGAUAGAAGUGGAGAGGACGGUAUCCCUAUGCUGCUAAAGAUCCCACGCAUGUUUGAUCCUUGGGGUGGUUACAGCAUCAUAGGAUUUGGCGACAUUCUUUUGCCUGGAUUGCUGAUAGCAUUUUCACUUAGGUACGAUUGGCUGGCAAAUAAAAGUCUUCGAGCUGGAUACUUCUUGUGGGCAAUGAUUGCUUAUGGAUUAGGUCUACUCAUAACAUAUGUGGCACUGAACUUGAUGGAUGGGCAUGGCCAACCAGCACUGCUUUACAUUGUUCCAUUCACUCUUGGAACCUUUUUGGCAUUGGGAAAGAAAAGAGGCGACCUCAACGUUUUGUGGACACGAGGAGAACCAGAAAGACCUUGCCCCCAUAUCCAUGUUGAACACUCUCAUGAACUGAACCUGGAAAAGUAAGUUCUCCUGUAAAUAUACCUGUGGUGUAUUUAAUCAUCCACUUCUGGGAAGCUGGUUAAAAAUAUAACCAGCAUGCCAAAGCUUAGCAUAACAUGGAAAUGUUUGUAUGAUGUAGAAUCUUUGAUACCUUUUAGAUUAACCUUUGGGCUUAUUGUCCAUUAAUUAAUACAAUAAUAGCAAGCAAUAUAUUUGUUCAUAAAAAAAUUGUUUUAUUUCCA